UUUAGAAGCGACUGUUCUCAAAUCUCUCUCUUCUUCUUUACAAAUAAUGUCGACAUCCAAAUCUCUAUCUCUGUUUCUUCCAUUUCUCCUAGUCUACUAUUUCCCCUUUCCCUUUCUUCCAAUUAUAAUAAAAGGGGUUUUCAAGAAUCAUUACAAUAUUCGUGUUAGAUUAAUAUUUUGACAAAAACCCUUCUUCCAUCUGUUAUAUAUAUAUAUAUAUAUAUAUACAUACAAAGAUUUCUGUUCUUGUAAACUUAUUAAUUGAAAAAGGGGAGAAAGAAUUUCAUUCCCUCAACCCCAUGUCAUUCAUUGAGGAUCUCAUGUCUUCCUUUUUUAUGGACCAUAUUAGACAAAAGACUGGGUCUUUAUCAGAUACGAUUAUGCUGAAACUUUCUGAAUCUAUUUCCAAUACUGCUUGUGGCAGUGCUGUUGAUGAGAUGGAAGGAUGCCGAGAUAACUCUGCUGCUCUCACCCUUAAAAUAGUGGCUAUCUCUGCCAUCCUAAUAGCUGGUGUUUGUGGAGUUGGCAUCCCAUUAGUUGGCAAGAAGCACCGAUUCCUUCGAACUGACUCUAAUCUAUUUUUUACUGCUAAAGCCUUCGCUGCUGGUGUCAUCCUCGCCACAGGUUUUGUACACAUGUUACCAGGUGCCACUUCAUCGUUAACUAAUCCUUGUCUUCCGAAAUCUCCUUGGUCGAAAUUCCCUUUUGCUGGUUUUAUCGCUAUGAUGGCUGCAUUGGCUACCUUGGUGGUUGACUUUGUUGGGACUCAGUAUUAUGAAAAGAAACAAGAGAAACAAAACCAAAAAGAUCAGACUGAUUCAGCCGACUUGGUGUCGGAAUCAGCUAUUGUACCAGUUGAGCCAAAGCCAAGGAAUGAGAAAUUGUUUGGUGAAGAAGAAGGUGGUGCAAUACACAUUGUGGGGAUGCAUGCGCAUGCCGCUCAUCACAGACAUAGCCAUUCCCAUGAACAUGGGGACGUGAGGGAGCAUUCCCAUGGUCAUUCGCACUCCCAUAGCUUCGGUGGUGGGGAUGAGGAAGGUGGAGUGAGGCAUGUUGUUGUUUCUCAGGUCUUGGAGCUUGGGAUAGUAUCACAUUCUAUCAUAAUAGGCGUGUCAUUGGGUGUCUCAGAAAGUCCAUGUACAAUAAGACCCUUGCUCGUAGCAUUGUCAUUCCACCAGUUCUUCGAAGGUUUUGCAUUAGGAGGUUGCAUCUCACAGGCGCAGUUCAGUUCCAUGCGUUCCACUGUAAUGGCAACGUUUUUCGCCAUAACAACCCCGUUGGGAAUUGCUAUAGGGAUCGGAGCUGCUUCAUCUUACGAUCGUCAUAGCCCAAGAGCUUUGGUUGUGGAAGGAAUCCUUAACUCGAUAUCUGCUGGAAUUCUAGUGUACAUGGCUUUAGUAGACCUAAUAGCUGCAGAUUUCUUGAGUAAGAGAAUGAGCUGCAAUACAAGGCUUCAAGUAGUUUCUUACUUUGCACUAUUUUUAGGGGCUGGACUAAUGUCCCUUCUUGCAAUAUGGGCAUGAAUGAUAUUGCAUUUAAUACAUUUUUGUUUUUUGUAUCUUAUUAUUAUCCAUAAAAUCAGCCAAGCAAACAAUUAUUUACAAAAAAAAUCUUGUCAUUUUACUUCUCCUUGAAGGGUGUUUAUGUAACAAGUAUGACAACCUUGUAGAGAAGGGUUUGAAGAUGGAGUUGCAAACAGAAAAGAGAAA